AUGGAACUUGUCAUGCUAUGUCAAAAGAAAGUCAGAAGGUUUGAAGCAAAACCAAGAGGUAAAAAGUCAACGAGGAAGAAGAAGAUGAACAAUGAGAUAGAAGAGGAGGGAGAAGAAGAUGGAAGGAGAGGAGGGCUGGAGACGGUGAGAGAGAUUCAGUUUGAAGGGAGCAACAGUGGAACAGUGUCCAUGAACGGAGAGGACAACGUUUAUGUUGGAGUUGGUAAAGGAGACUCUAGCAUGGAGGCAUUGCGUUGGGCUCUUGACAAUCUCAUCACUUCUUCUUCUUCUACUCUUCUUUACCUCAUCCACGUCUUCCCUGAGACUCGCUCCAUCCCUUAUCCUUUGGGGAGGCUAACGAGGGAGCAAGCGAGUCAAGAACAACUUGAAACCUUUAUGUCUCAGGAAAGGGAGAAGAGAAGAACUCUGUUGAACAAGUUCAUUCAUGCCUGCUCUGCUUCUAAGGUGAAGGUGGAGACAAUACUGGUGGAGAGUGACUCGGUGGCAAAGGCUUUACAAGACCUCAUCACUAUUCUUCACAUUAAGAAGCUUGUUCUUGGGAUCGAUAAGUCUAGUGCAAGGAAAGCAAAUUCGACAAGAGGAAACAGUGUUCCUGAACAGAUAAUGAGGAGCACUGCAGCAGAACUGUGCGAGGUUAAGGUGAUAUGCCAAGGAAAAGAGAUAAAGAUGGAGGAGACAGUGAUGGAGAGAGUCCCCUCCAAGUCCCCAAAAGUGCAGGAGAGAACUCCCUCCAAGUCUCCAAAACAGCAGCGGCUGAAGAAAGAUCAAUCCAAUGACCCUUUUGCUUGCAUUUGCUUUUUCAGUAAGCCCAAAACUAACAGUUAAUGGAAUGAGAGACAAUGGAAGAUUAUUAUAUAUUUGUUAUGGUUUGAGUUUGGUUGAAUAGAAGGAACACAAAAUAACUUUGAUAAAUACUAACUGAGGUAACUAAAAAAGCAUAGAGAAAACAAACACUUGAUCAUCUUGCUCCACAUUGUCUUUAAAGUAAGAAUAGAGUACCAUAUCUCUAACCUUAACCGCUAGAAGAAAUCAAAUUCCAAAUAGUUAUCAGAGCCUUUCUCAGCAUUCAGAACCAAACCUGCUCUGCUGUCUUCUGGCCCAAUGGUGACUCUGCAACAUUCAAAGGUCCACUCUCCAGCUCAACUGGCUUUGGGAUCUCUGGUGGAGUAGCACACCUAAUCAAAGCCCAGUUCACACCUUCGAAGAACGGGUGCUGCUUAACCUCAGUGGCUCCUCUUUUGAACCCCAGCCGCUGCUGGGGCUCCUUCAUGAGCAGGCCUUUGAUGAGGUCUCUCGCUGCAAAACUCACCGCGGGUGUUUCCGGGAACCGUAGAGGCUGACCCACCACAUUGAACAGUGUCUGUCUGUUUCCCGAGAUCAAGGUGGCCACUAAACUUGGUACUUCCACUCGUCUUGCCAUCACUCAUUUUAGCAGAGGCGGAGCUGGUUUUGACGCUGCUGGCAAAGCCUGAUGUCUUCUUCUCCUGGUCCUUGGUGUCAAUAGUCAAUGAAUCUACAUGCUAGUUGUUAUCUGACUUUUGACAGUGCUACUACUAAAGCUGCUGCAACUACUCUCAUCGCUCACGUCACUGCUUGUGUUUCCCCUGCUCUUGCCACUCCCCAUGAAAUCAAGGUGGCCACUAAACUUGGUGCUUCCACUCGUAUACCUAGAAGAAGAAGAAGAAGAAGGAAGGAAGGAAGGAGAUACCUUGGGUGUGGACUGACGCAUAGGAGAUUCGAAGAAGAGACACAGAAAGGUAGUUGCUGUUAGAAUUGCAUGCAAGUUUGAUCACUUGAACUUCACUAGUGUUUUGGUAAUGUAGCCGGAAGCACCCGACAAGAACCCGGAGAGAGGAGGAUCCAGUCACAAACAAACAAGACUUGCUAAUAAAAGCUAUAAUACAUUUGGCUUCUUUUAUAUUUUGUCUUUUUUAUGAAAUUAAAUGAGGGGCUUUAGUUGCAUCAAUUUUCAAUAUCCGUAUAUCGUAUACAAAAAGGAAGUAAAAAAGGAGUGUGAGACCUAAAAAUGGAGACGGGAGGAAGUUAAUGCCGCAAGAAAUAAAGAAAAAGAAAGUUGAAUAAUUAUAAAUGUUUUACUUCUUAAGAAGGACUUCAAAUUUGUUUAUAAUUAUAAUGAUGAUAGAUCCCUUAUGUUUUUGUAGACAAUUAGAGGUAACAUUAUUUUUCAAUUAGAGGGAAAAUUAGUAGGUCUUGUAAGCGUUAAUGACUUUUGAGAAGAAGAAGAAAAAAAGGAGGAACAAGGCAUGCCAAAAGCAAAUAAGGAUUUGUACUCACUUCCCUCAUAAUGUUCCCAUUCACUUUGAAACUUUAUUUGGUUGGUUACAUGAGAAAUUUCAUACCAUGUGAUGAUAUUACCAUUGUUUCUUCUAGCUAUAUUGUACUUUUAGUUACAGACACAGAAACAGACAAAAACAUGAGGAUGAACCCAGUUCCUUAUCAUUAGUUUUAAACUUUUUGCAGUUAGCGGAAUAUUCGAUGACGACAAUCGCAUCACAUGCAGUUUGGAUUGGAACCAUUUUUAAAUCUCUCAAAACUCAAGAGAUUUGUGUUCCUCGAUAAUGACUAUCUUUUAAAAAAAUUAGUUUCUUUUAUCAAUAGGCAUCACACAAAGCCAAGUGUGAGUUCACUAAAACAUUGUUUACAUAUAGUCAUUGGCUUGUUUUGGCUAACUAAAAAAAAGAAUAUUCCAGUCAGUAGUAAUCGACCAGGAGUGUUUUGCAGCCAACAUUUUGGCCAAGUACAAGAUAUCCAUAUCUAGCUUACCUAUAACCAACCAUGCACUGGCGUUUCUGUUUCAAUCUGCAACGCAAGAAAUUAAAGGACACUUCUUUAUUACACAGACACACACCAUGCAAUACUUACUUCCAGGGGCGAAGCGAGACUUUAUUUUGACUGGGCGCAAAACAAAUAACAUAAAUUAAAAGUGAUAAAAAUAGUGAAAAAGUAGAGCAGAAGGAAGAUUGAACUCAGGUUGGUAAAAAACUAUGGGUGCAUCACAUCCAACUUAGCUACGUUUAACUUAUAUGUCCUACGUAAAAUACUAAACAUGUAAAAUAUAGUGGGUGCACGUGCACCCAUUGUUUCUAACCUAGCUUUGCCCCUGCUUACUUCAGGCUAAUGAAAUAAGACAUGGUUGGCUUUCAUGUUUGCAUGCUUUUGUAGCUAGAAGUCCUUCACGGAAUUAUAUGGUUUCCCGACAAUUAUUGGUUCUCUUUCAGUUGAACCACACAUCACAACAACCUUACAACCAACACCUAACAUUACGAAUACAAAAAUUAGAUGAUGUGCAAGACCAAAUCUGAAAUUUUAAAGACCAUAAACAUUUAUCAAGAACUUGAAUUUUUUUUUUAAGAAAACCGGAACCUAUUUCUAUGAAUAUAACCUUAGAGAAGUUCAAGAUUCUAUAGAGAAAUGAUCAAGGCCUUAUGGCACAUUAUGGUUUUAUCAUGUUCAAUGAGACAGAUUGGAUUUCCAUGCUGUAAGAUUCUUUAACCUGCAGAUUGACAAGUUAGUCACUCGUUAGGUAAGUUCUUUGGCUCAAUUUACCUACCACAAAAAGCGACAUAAUUUUCACAAAUUUAGAAACAAAGUGAAGUUAAUGCUACUGAUGAAUCUGAUUACCUUUUCUAGCUACAGUUUCUAUUCGACGGAAGUAGUGAUUGUGUAAAUUAUUGCUAAACUUUGACCCAAAAGAAAGAUUAUGGCUAACCAUCUAUUAGCUACACUUAAGUUCACUACUUUACUCCCAUCUUCAGCAGAAAUUAAACACCAAAACACUGAGAAAAUAUUCAUGAACAUGGUGUUCCCUAGAAUGUUUUUCCUGAUUCUGAUCCAAUUCUUUAUUUUACACACUGUUUCAGAAAGUUCUUGGCAGACACUGAGUGGUUAGAGACAAAGAGUUUCUUUCAUUUUUCUAAACAUGAUUUGUCAUUAUGUUCUUACACUGUAUUUAUGUGUUUUCGUUUUGACGGGGGAUAUUGGAAGUGUUGAGUCGAUUUGCUCAGUACUCUGGCCUUCACAUCAAUGCUACCAAGUCAUCGAUAUUCAUCUCAGGUGGUUGUGGGAGUGAAAUUUUGAAUGCAGCGGCUGAGAAAGGGAUAGGAGUUGGUACUUUACCAAUUUGUUAUCUAGGACUUCCAUUAACAACAAAGGCUCUAACAAAACAAGAUUAUGAACCUCUGAUUGACAAAGUAAGGACACGGUUGCUUUCUUGGGCUAAUAAGAAUGUCUCGUAUGCAGGUAGGCUGCAGUUAAUUAAAACAGUUAUUUACAGUAUCGUGAAUUUCUGGAGCUCUGCAUUCAUACUUCCUAUAGGCUGCUUAGAUACGAUCGAGGGUCUCUGUAGUGCUUUUCUCUAGUCCGGAACGGUCACUCAAACCCACAGCGCAAAAGUUGCAUGGGCUGAUUUGUGUUGUCCUAAGGAUGAAGGUGGCUUGGGACUGAGAAGGCUUAGAGAUACUACUUGGGUGUUUGCCUUAAGCCUUAUAUGGCGACUUUUUACAGGUCACUCUCUCUGGAAAUCAUGGAUUCAGGAAUAUCUGUUGCGACAUAGUUUCUUUUGGGACGUGAGGGAAAAUUCUCAGGGGUCCUGGAUUUGGAGAAAAUUGCUGAGGCUCCGUGGUGUUGUUUAUCAGUUCAUGCGCCAUGAAGUUUGAAAUGGUGAAUCGACAUACUUCUGGACUGACAACUGGAUGAAGGUAUGGAAGCUUAUUGAUAUUACCGGAGCGCAGGGCACACAUUAUCUUGGAAUAUUGAGACAACCUGUACCUGUGAAUGAAUCUGGGCCAGAUAUUGUUUUAUGGAAACAUGUGCAAGAUGACUACCAGAGCUGUUUCUCGGACAGUAGGACUUGGGAGCAGAUCAGAGACAGACGUGAAAAGGUAGCUUGGAGCAAUGUGGUAUGGUUUUCGCAGGCUGUCCCAAGGUAUUCUUUCAUCACUUGGCUCGCGAUCAAAAAUCGUUUGUCAACUGGAGAACAUAUGAGGAUGUGGGGAAUGCAGAAAGAUUGUUUGCUUUGUGGGGAGAAGAAUGAAACUAGAGAUCAUCUAUUUUUUGCUUGUCUCUAUAGCUAUAUGGUUUGGGUUCGUGUAACUGGAAGAUUGUUGGGUUCUCGCAUUACCCCGGACUGGCAGGACACGCUUGACAGGAUGCAUAGUGGUCGGGUUUCUAGACUGGAUAAAGUAUUGGAGAGAAUGGCAUUUCAGAUGACAGUCUAUCAUAUAUGGUGAGAAAGAAAUGCAAGGAGACAUGGGAGAGCUUGGAUACCGAUGGAGCAGCUUGCUCAUCAGAUUGAUAAAACCUUGAGAAACAGAAUCUCAUCAUUGGGAUAUUGGUAUGGAAGUAAACUGGAGGGACUCAUGAGGCGAUGGUUCGAAGUAACGACAUGAGUAUUUGGACGUCUUUAUACAAAUAACAUAGGCAAUAAGUCUUUUAAUCAUGCUUUAGCUCUUACAGUAAUUUAGCUUUGUUUUUCUUCACACAUGUAAAAUGCCUAUUCUUUUACCACUAUCAAUAAAUUUAAAAUUUCAUUAAAAAAAACAAAUAUUCACAUGUACACUGCUUUAUAAAAAAAGUGUCUACACAUAUGAGGAAUUUGGCUAGAUUUGGAUAAUAUUUGGAUAAUAUUUGGAUAUUUAAUGUCUUUUUGAGUUUUUAAUGCACACUAACUAUAUAUAGAACCAAUGUUCAAGAAAUCUUUAGAGCUUCUUCGGCGUUUUAUAUGGGAUUAUUGAUUAAGCGGAUGCCUAGACCGAUUUUCUAACAAUAUCGUUCUGAAAAAUCAUUUAGUCUAGUCCGAUUAGUCGAUUAGGCUGACAUUUUAGCUGAACAUCACAUGAAUCUUUUCUUGAAAUACAAUUUUAUGUUUUCUUAGAAUGCAGUGUAUUUAGCUGAACAUCAAGAAUCAAUGUGGUAGAUGUUGUGCUAAAUAAAACGCAGAGCCAAGCUACUCAAGAAGGCCUAACAACUUCAUGAAUAGCAAUAUUUUUCCAGUCUACUGAUAAGUCUGUCUUAAUCGCGUUUAACGACAAGAUGAUAAUGUUACCUGGCCAACUGGUGUAUAGAGUGGAUGAAGACAUCCAUAAUGUCACAGAUUCUGCAAUCAGAGACAUCAUGAGUUUCACAGGCACUAUUAUCAUCAGUAUGAACUUGGAUUUACCCUACAAUGGAGGAGGGCUUGUCAGGCUUAAGAAGACGGAUGUAGUUUCAUGACUGAAAGCAAGUGGGGUUCGUGUGUUCGUAGAGACAUUUAGCAACGAAUUUGUAAUUCAACCGCUUGAUCUUUUCUCGGAUUCAAUGGUUGAGAUAGACUUCCUUGUCCAGAGGGCUAAGAUUGAUGGUAUCAUCACUGACUUCUCAACAACCACUGCAAGAUACAGAAGUAAAACAAAGAGUCUCUCCUCUUCUCACUCUUGCUUCUUUAAAGUUUUUUUGAGACAAUCUGCAAUCAUAUUUGAUUGCAUAGAACCAAUGCUACAGAGAGAUGGGUCUGUUUAGAACCGGUGAGCUCUUACUUUUCGCAAAUCCAAUGCUUCUUUCACCAUCUCAAGCUCCAUAUCCAUUACUAGUUAAGUCAGAUGUCAUGGAAUCGCCACUGCCUGAAGUAAGAAGCCGCCUCCUUCUUAUGCGGCAUCAAAGGCAGUGGCAAAAGCAUUACACGGGAAGUGCUUGUAACGAACUUAAACUGCAGUAUCCGACAGUAAAACUAUGAAUAACAACAUUUAAUUAGUAUGUCAUUCUUCGUUUAAGAUUUCAAUAAGGUAUCUGAAAAAUUAAAAUAAGAAGAGGAUUAAUAUUAAUAUGGCAAUGGAUAAGUUUAAUUAAUGUCCCUGCCAUUGUUGACACAGGUCAAAGCUCAAACAAAUAUUACAAACAAGCUCACAUAAUCUGUUUUCAUUCUGCUAAUCUCUAGUUGAACCUUCAAAACUUCUUUGUACUUAUGGGAACAGCAAAUCUAAUAGCAUACAUGGUCCAUCAAUGGAGGUGACACACAGUUUAAGAAAUUGACCUUAUCUCAUGCUAGAAAUGUUAUGGAGGCCCAAUGAUGAGUUAUGUGAAGAUAGUUUCUCAUGCUAGUAAUCUUUACUUAAGGUUUCCAGCUAAGAUAAAAUUUUGAUCCCAUUUAAUUAAAUGACAGUAUCCUCACAAAUACAGAAAAAGUAGCAAAUAAUGCCCCUGAAGAAUCUGAUUAUGUUUUGAAGUCAAACUCUCCAUUUUAAGAAAGUAGUAGUUUGUGUAAAGUAUUUGCUAAAAAGUUCAUGUGUACAAUUAUUCACUCCAUCGUCAGCAAGAAAAGUAAAAAUAAAACACUUAUCCAUGGCUUGCCCUAGAAUGGUUCUACUGCUUCUGAUCAAGUUUUUUCUAAUUUUAGAGACUGUUUCAGCCAGUUUUUGCCAGACAUUUAGGCCCUCUUCGUUUGCUCAUCCAUGUGAUCCAUCUGGGUGAAGAUGCAAAUUGAUGUUCGUUUUGUGCAUUAUAAUGUUACAUCCAGAUGGAUCACCCAGCUGAAUUUUUAAAAACUCAUAUCAAAUUCUCACCCAAAUAAAGGUGAGUCUUGAUGGUGCAUCUGGAUGCAGAUGCAUCUAUUUCAGUCUAAAAUGAUAAAUGACAAAAAUGACCUUUUAAAAUCAAAAUAUUAUUUUCAAACCGUAAAUUCUAUUUUUUUGCUUAUACAUUUUUCCACUAUAACCCAAAAAUGUAUUUUCUCGCAAAAACUAAAAAACACACUUUCCCGCCAAAACUGCAAGAUACGUUUUUCCGUAAAAAAAGUUAAAACACACAUUUUCAUAAAAACACAUUUUUCGGCUAAACGAGUAAAAUCGCAAUUUUCGACCAAAACAAAAAAAACACAUUUUCUCGUCAAAACAAAAAAAAUGCAUUUUCCCGCCAAAACCGGAAAAACGCAUAUUCCCACCAAAACUCCAAAAAGCAUUUUCCGG